AUGUUUAGUAAAGGCAGAGGGGCUUCGAAAACUCGCAACGGAAGAAAGUCAGCGUUUAGCCGGACGUCGCGUGUGGCAUAGAGAGAUGAAAAAGUGUAGAGUAGCAUGACUCUUCAUUUUGAAGUUUUCCUCCUCUCCCAGGUCGGACUGCUCAGAAGAAGCCAAUAGAUAAUGAUUCUGCAGCCCGAAGGAUUGGCUUUCCCUUGAAAAAAGAAUCAGCAAAGAAUAAAAUCCCGCUAGUACGUGGGGUUUCUUUUUUUGGAUCACAAUGGUGCUUUAAAAUCGGGGGCUGGGCAGUUACAGUGGUACCUCAGGUUACAUACGCUUCAGGUUACAGACUCCGCUAACCCAGAAAUAGUACCUCGGGUUAAGAAGUUUGCUUCAGGAUGAGAACAGAAAUCAUGCUCCAGCGGCACGGCAGCAGUGGGAGGCCCCAUUAGCUAAAGUGGUGCUUCAGGUUAAGAACAGUUUUAGGUUAAGAACGGAUCUCCAGAACGAAUUAAGUACUUAACCCGAGGUACCACUGUAUUGAGCUUUCCCUGCCCCUUUUAUUUCUUGUACUGGUUGGUUUCGAUUUCCAGACAGAAAAAUCCCACCCGCAGAAAUGCGUCUCAACUCGCAGCAUAAGAACAUUCGAAGAACCUGGCUGGAUCAAGCCAAUGGCCAUAGGAGCCAACUCCUAGGGGCCAAUGUCCCUUUGAGCCCUCAAUAAAAUAUUUGAGGGGACUUGGGUGGCGCUGUGGGUUAAACCACAGAGCCUAGGAUUUGCCAAUCAGAAGGUCGGCAGUUCGAAUCCCCGCCACGGGGUGAGCUCCCAUUGUUCAGUCUAAGCUCCUGCCAACCUAGCAGUUCGAAAGCAUGUCAAAGUGCUAGUAGAUAAAUAGGUACCGCUCUGGAGGGAAGGUAAACAGCGUUUCCGUGCGCUGCUCUGGUUCGCCAGAAGCGGCUUUGUCAUGCUGGCCACAUGACCCGGAAGCUGUACACCGGCUCCCUCGGCCAGUAAAGCAAGAUGAGCACUGCAAUCCAGAGUCGGUCACGACUGGACCUAAUGGUCAGGGUCCCUUUACCUAAAAUAUUUGAGAGGUUCCACCCCGCCCUCCUCCCCGCUUGAUCAGCAUUGCCAUUCAAAUAGUCUGGAUAUGCCUUGUUAUGUGAUUGAUUGAGGAUUUUAUUCAAUUCGCCGACCAUCCUGUUCUCACAGCUGCCACCAAGAUUGGGGCGACAGGACCAGCAAAACAGGUUUCAGAGAACAGGUUAACUCUCCUGGGGUUUCCAGCAACUGCCAAUCAAAAGCGUUACUGCCUGCAACGGCGGAGGGCAGUUUAUAUAGCCAUCGUGGCUAGUAGCCACCGAGUAGCCCUGCAAGGAAACGUGAUUAAACCCGCAGUCAGUCAAAAGCAGAAGCCUAGUCGCUCCUCCGUCCCUCCCCUCUCCUCUCUCUGUAGAAAGUCUCGGAAUAUCGGCACCGCACUUGUCAAUCUACAUUUGGCGCUACGGUGCAAGAGCGACCGCCAUAUUAACUAAGGGCACCUGUCGCUUUCCGAAGUCGGGCGGAGAAAGAAAGAAAGGGUGGGAGGAGCCAGGCGGGAUUGGCUGAGCCGCCGCUGUCGUCAUCGAAGGGCUGCUUCCUGUUCAGCAACUGCCGGAGGCCGGAGGCUCGGCUGGGUCUGCAGGUGAGAGUGCUGGGAGGAUGGGCGCACCUGCGACGACCGGGGGGAGCCGGGGGGGGGGGACGUUUUCGUUUCCUGAGGGACGGGGCGACGUUGGGGGUUGGGGGGCAGGCCUAGGGCAGAAGGGGGCAGAGGGGGCUCCCUUGCCCGGGUGGGUUUCAUUCCAGCUCUGGCUGGCAGCCACCAGAGCCUGGGGUGGGAGUGGGUGACAGUGCUUUGGGUUGGCAGGCUCAGCCAGGGGCCUCUGGGUGCUCGCCCUUUGGGGUGCUGCCGUGGCCACUCUGGGCUUUCAAAACUUCCCACUGCCCUGGAGAGGGUGCCCCAAGGCAUGUGCAGACUGCCCCCCACCCGCCAAAAGGGAACACGGCUUUAUUUUUGGGAAACACUGCACACCUGGUCGCAGGAUUUGCUUGGAGAAAAGGGGUAAAUAAAGAAAGGGAGUAGAGGCUGCCAACUGUUCAAUCUUUUUUGGGGGGUGGGGGGGUGAAAUCCGGAAAACACUUCUAGAUUUUACGGUAAUUUCCGAGCUUCACCUUUGGUUAGGUGUUUUUUGUUUUUGAGGCUUUGUCCAACAAGCAGAUGCCAAACAGAUGAACAACGAUUUGACUAUUAGAAGUCAAGGCAGCCCCGUUCAGGGAAGUUUUCAGUGGUGGAUGUUUUAUUGUGCUUUUAAUAUUUUGUUGGGAGUCUACCCAGAGAUGGGUAGCAUAUUAAUCAUCAAUAUUAUUCUUAUUAAUAAUAAUUAACAAAGGCCUUUGCUUCUGAUGAUCAGGCACCCAUGUUUUCAAGCACUUUUCUGUCCAGGGAGUGGAACUGUAUUCCCUAUCCUGCAGUUCUGUUUUGUCAGCCAGGAUCUGUUCCAGUCCCCUUGCUUUCCAUGUCCCUAUUUCUAUUCCCCGUUCUAUGUUUGUGUUUUCAGGCAGAGUAGAGGUCAUCUGGGCAGGCUACGGAGCUACCAUUGCCCCUAAACUUCCCUGCUUUAUUCAGCCUGCACUGGGUGUGUGUUUAAAGAUUUGAUAAUUGCAUUUCUGGAUUCCAGUGUGCUUUUUAAAAAAGAGGGCUCUGAUCCCAGGAGAGUGCAAGUCUCGCUUCCGCAGAGAAGCAGUGGCAAAAGAAUGAAGUAAAGCCAGGUUAGGGAACCUGCAGCCCUCCAGAUGUUGUUAAACUACAGUUCCUAUCAUCCCUGAAUGUUAGCAGUGCUGGCUGGGGCUGAUGGGAGAUGGCGUCUUUCCACAUCUGGAGGCCCACAGGUUCCUCACCAUUGAACUAAGUGAACAAGUAUCUGUAGGCUCAGUUUACAGACUUAAAAACUGAUGUGUCAAUGCGUAUUUUUACUCUGAAGCAGAUUGGCCUCAAAGCAAAACUUCGGAUGCAGAAGGCCUACAUUGGCUCCCAGUACAUUUCCGAGCACAAUUCAAAGUGUUGGUGCUGAACUUUCAAGCCCUAAAUGGCUUCGGCCCACUAUAUAUUUCUACCCCAUCAUUCAGCCCGGACACUGAGGUCCAGAUCUGAGGGCUUUCCGGUGGUUCCCUCACUGCAAGAAGUGAAGUUACAGGAACCAUGCAGAGGGCCUUCUCCGUGGUGGCACCCACCUUGUGGAAGACUCUCCCAUCAGAUGUCAAGGAGAUACAGAACUACACAACUUUUAGAUGACACCUGAAGGCAGCCCUGUUUAGGGAAGUUUUUUAAUGUUUGCAGUUAAUAAUCAUGUUUUUAUAUUUGUUGGAAGCUGCGCAGAGUGGCUAGGCAGCCCAGUCAGCUGGGCAGGGUACUACUACUACUAAUAAUUUGAAGACUGUUUCUAAUUUGAUUUGUGCAGCUAGAUAGGAAUCCUUUCUGUGGAACAAGAUAGAAAGAAACCUUGUUGUUUUAUAUAUAAAAAACACUUUCUCUUUUUUCUUUCAGGAGAGGGGGGCACCUCCAGUCCUGCCCCACCAUGUCUGGGAUUGGGAACAAACGGGUGGCUUCGGAGGCCAGUCCCUCUGGACCUCCGGAGAAGAAAGCGGGUGUCGAAGACUCGGGAACCACAGUGGAGACCAUUAAACUUGGUGGCGUCUCCUCAACGGUUUGUAUCUCUUUCUGCAGUGGUCUUCUCCAUUUCUUAAGAAAUCUGCUGAAUGGAAUUCCAGUUCCCACUUUUGGGCUCCCAUCGGCUCCUGUGGGAUGAGCUCCGUUUGCUAGCUGGGAGGUCUGAGGCCUAGUUCUUUUUGCAAUCGCAAAGCUAUUUCUGGGCUUCAGGUUGCAAGUGAGGGCCUGUGGACUCCAAAUCCCAGCACCCCUGCCCACUAGCCAUGCUGACUGGGCUGAUGGGAGUUGGAGUCCAGCAGUAUCCAGAGGGCCACCCUGUUUUACUUGAUUUGCUAUUCCGUCAUCCAAGCCACUUAUUUAACAAAUCUCUGCGCAUUGAAAACAAACAAAAGCUACCAUGGCUAGAGCUGGAGCCUUUCUUCCUGCCAUGUUAAUUUUCUGUGCUCAACUUUAAUGAGCUUGUCUUUUAAUUCCCCAUUGUCUUUUAAUUCCCCAUUCUCCUGGUCUGGAAGAAAAGAUCCGUUAUGCCAGUUGUCUCCUGCUGUCAAAUCUACUGUCUCAGAGGGAACUAGGCCUGAGUUGAGCCUGUAUUGUGGUAACUGCUCUUGGCGUGAUUUCAGGAAGAACUGGACAUCCGCACCCUCCAGACCAAGAACCGGAAGCUGGCAGAGAUGCUGGACCAGCGGCAGGCUAUCGAGGAUGAGUUGCGGGAGCACAUAGAGAAGCUGGAAAGGCGGCAGGCCACGGACGACGCUUCGCUGCUGAUUGUCAAUCGCUACUGGAGCCAGGUCUGCCAGGGUCUGCCUCUCUCAGUCCCGUUCCCUUUCCUGCUGCUUGUCUCUACCCCCUUGAAAAUUGAGCGCUAUGUGUUUCUUCCCCCUCCUCUUCAGUUCGACGAGAACAUUCGCAUCAUUUUGAAGCGCUACGACUUGGACCAAGGCCUCGGUGACCUUCUGUCGGAACGGAAAGCCCUGGUGGUGCCGGAACCGGAACCCGAUUCGGACAGUAACCAGGAGCGCAAAGAAGAGCGGGAGAGAGGUGAGAAUGGGCCGCCAUUGUGGCUUAGGAGUGGCAGCGCUGAUGUUCUCUUCUGGUGUGGAAAAUUCUGAACUGGAAAUAAUUCCUGUGAAAACCUUGGCAAUCUGUAUAGGGUAAUUUACCCCGAAAAUGUAAGUUUUCCUGAUGCCCUAGAACCUAGAGCCAUUUUGCCUUGUGGGCCUGUGGUGAGUGGGGCAAGACGCAAUGAAUUCGACUUCUCCCACUGAAAGGUUGUUGUUGUUGUUUAGUCGUGUCUGACUUUUCGUGACCCCAUGGACCAGAGCACACCAGGCACUCCUGUCUUCCACUGCCUCCCGCAGUUUGGUCAAAUUCAUGCUGGUAGCUUCAAGAACACGGUCCAACCAUCUCAUCCUCUGUCGUCCCCUUCUCCUUGUGCCCUCAAUCUUUCCCAACGUCAGGGUCUUUUCCAGGGAGUCUUCUCUUCUCAUGAGGUGGCCAAAGUAUUGGAGUCUCAGCUUCAGGAUCUGUCCUUCCAGUGAGCACUCUGGGCUGAUUUCCUUAAGAAUCUUCUUGCAGUCCAUGGGACACUCAAGAGUCUCCUCCAGCACCAUAAUUCAAAAGCAUCAAUUCUUUGGCGAUCAGCCUUCUUUAUGGUCCAGCUCUUGCUUCCAUACAUCACUACUGGGAAAACCAUAGCUUUAACUAUACGGACCUUUGUUGGCAAGGUGAUGUCUCUGCUUGUAGGUUGCAUUAUUGCCCACAAAUGCCAGAGAUUCCCACAUCUCUCCAGGUGAGAAAGAGGCGUUGUCUCUGGUCUAAGGACAUCUUCCAGCCAGGCAAAAGCACUCAAGUGGGAUAACAGGCUGGUUGGGGGUCUGGCCUGGCCGAAGAGAGAGUUCUGGAGGGCUGCAUUUAGCCCUCUGGGCUUGAAGUUCCCUAACUCUGCCCUAGAGAGUGACAUAGUAUGUUUAUUUUAUUUGUAUUUAGUACACAAAAGCUGGAAGCUUGCCCAAUGUUUUAUUUGCAUCUGGCAUUCAUUCAAUAAUAACAGGAAAGCAGUGGGAAAUCUUUGCUGCUGUUGCUUCCUCCUGUCAGGUAAAAGGUAAAGGUAAAGGGACCCCUGACCAUUAGGUCCAGUCGUGGACGACUCUGGGGUUGUGGUGCUCAUCUCGGUUCAUUGGCUGAGGGAGCCAGCGUACAGCUUCCGGGUCAUGUGGCCAGCAGGACUAAGCCGCUUCUGGCGAACCAGAGCAGUGCACGGAAAUACCGUUUACCUUCCCGCUGGAGCGCUACCUAUUUAUCUACUUGCAUUUUGAUGUGCUUUCGAACUGCUAGGUUGGCAGGAGCAGGGACCAAGUAACAGGAGCUCACCCCAUUGUGGGGAUUCCAACUGCCGACCUUCUGAUCGGCAAGCCCUAGGCUCUGUGGUUUAACCCACAGUGCCACCUGCAUCCCUUCUCCUGUCAGGUAGCCCUUUACAAAUCAGAUGGUUAUGAGCUCAGGGAGGUGGGGAUGAUAACUGCCCCAUUUAGGUUUCAAGGCCUUUGCAUGGUUGACAUCAAAUGCCCUUUUAAAAUGUAUUGGGGGGGGGUUUGGGUUGUUUUCAUUUUUAUUUUGUUUAUGUAUUUUGUGUUUUUAUAUUGUGAUUUUAUCUUGUGAACCACGCUGAGACCCAUGGGUAUAGAGCAGUAUACAAAUUUAAAUUUUUUAACCAACAACAACAACAAGGAGUGCAAAGCUGUGUCCUUUCAUGGCUGGGCAUUAUUUCUUAUCAUUUCCUAGGAGAGAUCUUUGAGCCGGCCUUCUCUUUCCUGGCUACGCUGGCCAGCAGCACCAGCGAGGAAAUGGAAUCUCAGUUGCAGGAGCGCGUGGAGUCUUCUCGCCGGGUCGUCAUGCAGAUUGUGACCAUGUACGAUAAGCUCCAGGAGAGGGUGGAUGUGCUCUCCCAGAAGCUGAACAGCGGAGGUAUGGGGUGCUCCCAAAUAUAUGUAUCGUUUUUGAGGCCUUCGUUCUCAAAAGCAGUUAAUAAAUAACUUGGAAAAAAAUGAAUCUCACAGUAGCCAAACGCUACCACUGUUGUGGUUCUCCUUGUGUCAAAUUUUAGAUUGUAUGCUCCUCGGGGCAGGGGCCUAGUCUUUUAGUUCCUGGAGGUUUGGCCAGCAAGCCAGGCUGCUAGCUGCCCCUCUUUCCUCGUGAUUAGUUGCGUCAGGUGUUCCCUAUUGUAUGGUUUGAUGAGAGUGGUAGAUGCUGUUGAGAGCUAACCCUAUUCUUAGUGGGUCUGCUGCUGCUUGCUUGCUUUCUUCAGUGCAGAACCACUCUCCUCUCUGCAUUUCCGUGGCCACCACUGCUAUGCCUCCACAUCUGAGCAUGAAGGAACAAUAGCAGGAUGUUGAAACCUUGAACCUUGGGGGCUGGAUUCAGCUGCCUGGUUCCAUUAGUAGAAGUCAGUGCAAGCCUCCCCCUGCCUUUCCCCAAGUGUCCUCUGCCUCCCCCAAAUAGACUGGAGUGUAGGGAGAACUCCCAGAACGAUGUGUGAGGUGAGGAAAGCAGAUAUUGUACCACUGGGCAGACAGAAAAGCUUGAGCUGACAGAACAAUCUCCCGAGUGCUAUGUUGAAUUCCGCCCCACAAAUCUGAUGCGAGAUUACUGGGCUUUGCUUCCCACAGUUUUGAAAUCUGUCGUUAACCAUGAGGGCAAAAGCUUGCUUUGAAAACCCGCCAAGAUUCUAAGGAUGCUGAGUUUGCAUAGUCAGUACUGAGUUUUGCACAGAACACCCCGUGGCCCGCUAGCUUCCGAUGUUUUUUUUAUAGUAGUGUACCAAAAGCCUUUCUUCCCUCAGAUGUUUCUCUGAUGGAAGAGGCUCUCCAGGAGCUGAACUCCUACCUGGCAAACGAGAACAAGCGACUGCAAGAACUGGCCGAUUUACUCCAGGAAAAGCAUCGCACCAUGUCUCAGGAGGUAACAAGGAGUGGAUCUGCAGGGCUGGAAACCGGGUAGCAAAAAAAUAAUGCGGUUGACAAAGUUGCGGGGUUUCAGUGUGUAGAUAUUUGUGUGUGUGUGAGUGAGUGAGUGAGUGAGUUGGGUGUGUGGGUUAACUGGACCAAGGAAAUGCCAUGGCCAGGUGAACUGAUGCUGCCCCCAGAGGCUUUUAGGCGGAGAGAGUGUAACUUGCCCAACGCUGUCUAGCAAGGGGCACGCAAGACAGCGCUGCAACUCUCCAUUCUGUCCACUGUGUUUUCUUUCCAUGUGGAGUCGAAGGGAAGCACUGAGGCUUCUGGGAAGAGGGAGGGGAACAUCUGCUUGCCUCAGCAUGCGGGAAGUUAAGUUUAGGCCAGCGAUGGCCAAACUUGGCCCUCCAGCUGUUUUGGAACUGCAAUUCCCAUAAUCCCUGACCACUGGCCCUGUUAGCUAGGGAUGAUGGGAGUUGUAGUCCCAAAAACAGAUGGAGGGCCGAGUUUGGCCAUCACUGGUCCAAGCAGUCAGUUGCUCUCUGAGCUACGAUAAAAACAGUUUCUUGCGCUUUCUCGUUCUCCUCUUUGCCCCUGUUCCUUUGCUGCAGUUCGCUAAAUUGCAAAGGAAAGUGGAGAUGGCGGAGUCUCGCGUGUCUGUGCUGGAGACCAUGAUUGACGACCUGCAGUGGGACAUUGACAAGAUUCGCAAGCGGGAGCAGAGGCUGAACAGGCACCUGGCAGAUGUCUUGGAGCGGGUGAGACUCAGCACCCCUGGGAACAGCCCCAGGGUUGUAGCAGUGCUGGAAGGUGUUGGCAGGGACUGUAACUCCAUGGUGGAGCAUCUAUGCCUUGCACACAGGAUUGGUCUGGGUUCAAUCCUCAGCAUCUCCAGGUGUGGCCAGGGGAGACCCCUGGCUGAAACCCUGGAGAGAUACUGCCAGUCAGGCUUUAGCAAAAAUGUUUAAAGAAUUAUGCAAGAAUAUUAUGGUUAUGAGAAAUUGGUAAAAAUAAGAUUUAAGUUUUAAGGUUUUUUAUAGUAAGAUAAGAUUAAAAUAGAUUAAGGUAAUGUAAUGACAGAAUAUUAUGAAAUAUGGAAAGUAUUUGCUGCAACAAUUAACAACUAGGAUACAAAAAAAAGGGAGGAGGAGGAGGUCAAAGAAAGAAGGUAAUGACAGUUAAGGAUUUGAGAAUAUUGGAUUUGUUUUUAAAUGUUUGUGGUAUAUUUUUGUUUUUUGAUCGUGUUGUGCUAUUUUUUGAUUUAGAUUUUUAAUAAUUUGUAUUGUUUGAUGUGGUUUGUUUUUUCUUUGUUCUUUCUUUCUCUUUUUCUACUUUGCUUUCUUUUGUAAUUCUAAAAAAAUUUCAAUAAAUAUCAUUUAAAAAAAAAAGAGAUACUGCCAGUCAGUGCAGACCGUCCUGAGCUAGAUGGAUUGACGCCCUGACUCAGCGUAUGGCGGCCUCCACUGUUAAUUGUCGGAAGGAGGGAAUGCCUAGCGAGCGUUGUCCUUAUUUUAUUUUUAGAUUUGUAUCCCGCUUGUUUGGGACCAGCGUCUCCAAAGUGGCUCUUGAUGCUUAAGAAAUUGCAUGUUGAAAAUAAAACUAGUGUAUCUUUUGCAGGUGAACUCAAAAGGGUACAAGGUGUAUGGAGCUGGAAGCAGCCUGUAUGGGGGCACAAUCACGAUCAACUCUCGGAAGGUAAACCUUGAGACUUUGCACACGGGCAAACAUAGAAGUAGCAGUGGGUGUGGAGGUGCAAAUGAGGCUUUCAGCAACUGGCUCCUUUCCCUUUCUCUCUUUUGCAGUUCGAGGAGAUGAAUGCCGAACUCGAGGAAAACAAGGAGCUUGCCCAGAACCGCCUGAGCGAGCUCGAUAAGUUGCGUCAGGAUCUUGAGGAAGUGACCACGCAGAAUGACAAGUUGAAGGUACUGGGGAGGGAAAGCAUUUUCCACGUUUCUGAUGGUCGAGGAAUACCUCCCCCACCCCCGGCACUCUUAAUUCUUACAGACUCUAAAAUUAAAUUUUAAUUAACAAUUAAAAGGCAGGAUAAUAAUGAUGACGAUGAUGAUUGGAAGCUGUUUCUAGUACUUCCUGACGGCCUGCGUGGGUGAGGCUAGUCCAGGGGCAGGCAACCUAAGGCCCUGGGGCUGGAUUUGGCCCAAUCACCUUCUCAAUCUGGCCCGAGGAUGGUCUGGGAAUCAGCGUAUUUUUACAUGAGUAGAAUGUGUCCUUUUAUUUAAAAUGCAUCUCUGGGUUAUUUGUGAGGCAUAGGAAUUCGUUCAUCCCCCCCCCCCAAAUAUAGUUCAGCCCCCCACAUGGUCUGAGGGACAGAGGACUGGCCCACGGCUAAAAAAGGUUGCUGACCCCUGGGUUAGUCCCAAGCCUUAGAACACUCUACUGUCCCAGGAAGAUGCUCCCUAUUGCAGUUCUGGUGGCUCACCACAAGGGGCAGCACCACCUGUUUCAAUCCAGGUGGCUUCUUGAUUAGGACAGGUAAAUGUUGUAUGUCGAGUGAUGCUUCAGCCAUGCCAGUGGAGGCAGAGCUCUCUAGCCUAGAGAUGGGUGUGUGUGUGUGUGUGUGUGUGUGCUGCUGGACUACAACACCUAUCAGCUCUAAGCAUUGACUAUGCAGGCUGGAGCUGAUGGGAUUUGGUGUCUGAGAACCUCUGGAGGGCAACAGGCUCCCCAUCCCAGCUUUUUAGCUCAUUGGAAGGAGGAAAGUCACGCAUUAAGUCAUGGGUAAGCAAACUAAGGCCCGGGGACCGGAUCCGGCCCAAUUGCCUUCUAAAUCCGGCCUGCAGACGGUCCAGGAAUCAGUGUGUUUUUACAUGAGUGGAAUGUGUCCUUUUAUUUAAAAUGCAUCUCUGGGUUAUUUGUGGGGCCUGCCUGGUGCUUUUACAUGAGUAGAAUGUGUGCUUUUAUUUAAAAUGUAUCUCUGGGUUAUUUGCGGGACAUAGGAAUUGGUUCAUCCCCUCCUCCCCCCAAAAUAUAGUCCGGCCCCCCACAAGGUCUGAGGGAUGGUGGACCGACCCCCUGCUGGAAAAGUUUGCCGACCCCUGCAUUAAGUGAUCUCCAUAGGUUGGGUUCAGCAGAUCCUUUCAUGAAUUUCUUUCUCAAGAUAACAUGCUUUACGCAUGACUUGGAUACAGUUUGGGUGAGGUCUGUAAAAACGUGCCUCUCUUUGUUUUAUUGCCCUGGCUCCUCAGAAGCUGCUUGUUUGAAAACAACACGCUGUGUUUCAAAAUCAGUAGAUUCCACACCCCUCCCUUAUGAAGCAAGUGUUUCCUUUCAACUGUAGAACUAUUUUUGAUGCAGUGCUGCCACUUUCUGGCCGUUUAAGCACACUGCAGACAUUUGGAAUUCCCUCCGCUCUUCUGCAUAGUGUUGAGUGCAGUUUUUGUUUCUGCCGUGUGUCAUUGGGCACCAUUUUCUCUUUUGCCUCCCCACCCCCUGUUCUGUGGCCCCCUGCCCAGGUGGACCUGAGGCGGGCAGUGGAGGAGGUGGUGAAGGAAACCCCAGAGUACCGCUGCAUGCAGUCCCAGUUCUCCGUUUUGUACAAUGAGAGCCUGCAACUGAAAUCUCAGCUAGACGAGGCCCGAACGCUGCUUCACGGCACACGGGGUACCCACCAGCGCCAGGUGGAGCUCAUUGAGGUAACGCCUUCCUCCCCUUGUUUCCUCUCUUUCCUCUCACUUUCCCUGGGGUGGAUCAUGGCAGUUGGCACCCGCACUAAACUCACUGCUGGACAAAAAAAUAGUGGUGCAAUUGACUUCCGACAAGCACACAGAGUGCGAACAAGACUGAGCGUAUGUGUUGGGAGGAGGGGGGCUCGUUUAAUUUCAAUGCACACAGGUGGUGUAGUGACAAUAAAGGUUUAUUUAUUUAUUAUUAUAUGACAAAGAGGGACGCGGGUGGCGCUGUGGGUUAAACCACAGAGCCUAGGACUUGCCGAUCGGAUGGUCGGUGGUUCGAAUCCCCACGACGGGGUGAGCUCCCGUUGCUCGGUCCCUGCUCCUGCCAACCUAGCAGUCUGAAAGCACGUCAAAGUGCAAGUAGAUAAAUAGGCACCACUCCGGCAGGAAGGUAAACGGUGUUUCCGUGCUCUGCUCUGGUUCGCCAGAAGCGGCUUAGUCAUGCUGGCCACAUGACCCGGAAGCUGUACACCGGCUCCCUUGGCCAAUAAAGCAAGAUGAGCGCCGCAACCCCAGAGUCGGCCACAACUGGACCUAACGGUCAGGGGUCCCUUUACCUUACUAUAUGACAAAGAGACUCUAACAAUGAGGUGUUUGUAGAAGCAUGGAAACCCUUUUCAGAUUACAGUUGUACCUUGCAUCCCAAACGCCUUGGUACUCAGACGGUUUGGCUCCCGAACGCCGCAAACCGGGAAGUUAGUGUUCCGGUUUGCAAAUGUUCUUUGGAACCCGAACGUGCUAUGGGGUUUCCGCGGCUUCCGGUUGGCUGCAGGAGCUUAGCGCGAUACUGAACCACUCCGGCCGCUUACAGUGGCACACCCGUGCUCCCUCGAAGCAAGGGACUGUGGGUGUUCAGGAAUUAUUUAGAAGAGGGAAGCUGCAGGAGAACUAGCUGCUGCUGUUGGGUCCUUAACCCAACAUGCACGGCAUAAGAAGAGGGUCUGCAGCCCUUUCUCUCAGCACCUUCUCGUCCCGCAGCAAGAGGGGGCUGCUGCUGAAGUCAGAGACAUCGAGGCUGAAAUCUCUCUCUCUCUUUCUCACCAGCGGGAUGAAGUCAGCCUGCACAAGAAGCUGCGAACAGAGGUCAUUCAGCUUGAAGACACCCUUGCUCAGGUCCGCAAGGAGUACGAGAUGUUGCGGAUAGAGUUUGAGCAGACGCUUGCGGCUAACGAACAAGCAGGUGACUUGAAGUCGGGUUGUGCACAGAGGCACUUGGGUUUUCCUUGCUGGGCACCUCUCUUGGGGAAACAUCCACAGUAGCUGAGCUGCAGCCAGGUUAGCCUCACCCGUGCAGAUAAUCUGAGCACUGUGCACCUCUUGGGUAUUACCGUACUGUUCCGUGUAUAAGACUCUGUUCUUUUCUUUAAAAAUCAUGCUAAAAAGUGGGGGUUGUAGUGCACAGGGUGGAUUGGUUUGAUUGGUUGCUGCUGCGGCUGUCAGCGGAUAUUGUGCGUGUCAUUGGUUGCUGUGUCCAUGGAUGGUGACGCUCUGGCAGUUGGGCGGGUGAUUGGCAGCUUCUGCUGGCGAUGGGACAGACGGGAGGCGGAUAUUGCGACGCGGGCAGAUGGGCAACUUUUGGCAAUCCUCCGCAAAAAAAGCUUAACAACUCUGUGCCAUCUCCCCCCAUUUUCUUUGAGUCCACCAAAAUAGGGGUAGUCUUAUACACGGGGGCGUCUUAUACACGGAAAAGUACAGUAAGUCCUCUUGUCUUAAAACCUUCGUGAUCUUUCAGGUAAGCCCUGAGCAUGUGGCUAAUCAGGGAUCCCCUUUUUCUAGUCAGGAACUUGCCUGAGAGCUCUCUGCCUUAGUUUUUCCUGUCUUGAGCCACUGUGACCACAAGGUCUUAAAAUACUGUAUUUUUCGCUCUAUAAGACGCACCAGACCAUAAGGUGCACCUGGUUUUUGGAGGAGGAAAACAAGAAAAAAAUAUUCUGAAUCCCAGAAGCCGGAACAGCAAGAGGGAUCUGGCUUCUGGGAUAGCCGCGCGAAGCCUCUUCAGGGCAGCGGGAUGAAGACUCCCCCUGCCCGGAAGAGGCUGCGCGCAGCUAAGGCAGAAGCCAGGACAGGAAGCGGGGCUCCAUUUCUCCUCCCACUUCGCAGGAGAGGCUCUUCGCUGAAGGGGCGCUGCACAGCUCUCCCUCUCUGCACAGCGCCAUUUGCUCCAUAAGACGCACUCACAUUCCCCCUUACUUUUUAGGAGGAAAAAAGUGUGUCUUAUGGAGCGAAAAAUACGGUAAACCCUGUCCGAUUGCAGAUUUUGAAAAACAGCUGCCGCAGACCUCUGAUAGUCUGAGUUUCAUCUUUUAAAGCCGUGUUUCUCAAACCUGGGUCUCUAGCUGUUUUUGGACUACAACUCCCAUCGUCCCUGACCACUGUUCCUGCUAGCUAGAGAUUUCUGGGAAUUAUUAGGGACAGAACUACCUAAAUUGUAUAGAAAUUUAUUUAUGUAUGCUACUGCGGCAGCAAGAAUGUUACUUGCCCCAAAGUGUAAAGAGGCAGAAGUCCCAGAAAAAGAAGAAUGGAUACAAAAGCUUAUGGAAUAUGCAGAAAUACCGGAAGAAUAAGAAAUCAAGAUAACAAACUUUUUAUAAAAGAGUGGAAAUGGCUUGUUGAAUAUUUACAGAUAAUUUGUAAACGGAUAAGACCAUUCGCAGGAUUAAUGUAAUAACCUGCAGUUUUAUAAGUGUGUAUAUUUACAGUAGAUAAAUGAGCAAGUUAAAUGAACUUGGAUAUGCAGAAGUUAUUUAAAAAAAUAAUUUAAGGAACAGCAGAAAGGGGGAAGGAAGUCAAAAUUUGGAAAUGUUAGAUUGGUUGUAAAACUAAUGAAAUGUAUAAAUUUGAAAAAUAUUUAAAAAACCCCAAAACAGCUGGAGACCCAAGUUCGAUAAACACUGCUUAAAAGGAAAAAAGGAAGGGACUGGUUAUACAUGGAAUGAAUCAAUACAUCCAAGUUGUACAGCGGCCUAGUAACUGGGAAGCGAGAUUCCAUGCAUUUUGGUGUCUUCUGCAAGGUCUUGUUCUUGGCCGCUCUGACAACCGUACAUCAGGGACAGGGUACCUGUGACCCUUCAGAUAUUGUUGGGCUCCAGCUUCCGUCUCCUGGAUUAUAGCUGGGCUUGAUGGCAGUUGGAGUCCAUCCAUGCCAUACAGUCAUUGCCCUUUUGGUCCAAGGAACACAUUCCCUUCUGGGAAAAUUUCUAGGGGUCCGUAUGCCGGAGGGGUGGGGGGAUACAAAAGCGAGCAAAGCAACACAUGGAAUUUUUGUUUUAGUUUAUUUUACUUAUUUGUUUUCUUUUAUUUAUUUAUUAAAUUUGCAUGCCAUCCUCCUUGCAAAGAUCUCAGGGUGGCUCACAGCGUAAAAACACAAACACACAAUUUUACCUUUGUGCAGUAGAUUAGUUUCCACACGUAUACUCACACACCCCUCUCUAUCGAGGAACUCGUGAGAGAUGUAGCUUAGAGCGAGAGGGAGUGUGCCAAGGGCCAGAUAGAAAGGCCUGGAGGGCCACACUUGGCCCUGAGGUUCCCCUUCCUUAGAUUGGACCAGCUGGGGAAAAAUCUCCUGAAAGGAAGGCCCCUUCUCAGGUUCUUUUGCAACCGAUCUAGAAGAGCCGGAAGAUCUUACCGUAUCUUGGCUCUUCCCAUGUGAUGGUCUUCACGCAGGUCCUAUCAAUCGGGAGAUGCGGCACCUCAUCAGCAGCCUCCAGAACCACAACCACCAGCUGAAAGGGGAGGUCCUGAGAUACAAGCGGAAGCUGCGGGAGGCACAAUCUGAUCUGAGCAAGGUAAGGGAGGUGGAGAAGCCGAGGAGACAAUGGAGGAGGCUGGAAGUGAGGCGGUGUCUUUUUAGGCCGGGUUUUUAAAAAAUAGCAUAUGUGAGUGACAGAAAAGGGGGCAAUGCCUCUUUUUCAAUGGAGCUUACUCUCAGCAGUUUUUGCGAGCAUGCAUUAUACUCUAUAUCUAUAUAUUUCUAUACCUAUAUACACACACUCUGUCUACAUGAGUAAUCAGGGUGUUCUUUUUCGAGUUGCUAAAAAGGGCUUUCAUUGAUUAAUCUUGAAGGCAGAAAAAUAUAUACCGUAUUUUUCUGUCUAUAAGACGCCACCAUGUAUAGGACGCCCCCUAUUUUGGGGGCCUCAAUUUAAGAAAAUAGGGGGAGAUGCAUCCAUGUAUAAGACGCCCCCUAAUUUUUGACAUUAUUUUUUAGGGAAAAAACCUAGUCUUAUACACGAAAAAAUACAGUACAUAGUUUUAUAUACAUAUGUUUUGUGAUAUUUUAUGCAUUGUGAUUUGCUGUUUUAUUGAUUCUCGAUUAGCAAUUCUUUAUUGUAAUUGAUCAUUCUUCAUCAUAGUUUUAUUCUUUGCUAUUAGAUUCUAAUGCAUUAUUGAAUAUUGCUUUAUUUGAUAUAAGUUGUUUAUUUAAGAUUUAUUGUGACUUUUUCCUAUAGAAUCAGAUUGUUACUAUUAAUGUUUGAUAUUUCAUUAUGUUUUUAUAUGUGCUGGAAGCCGACCAAAGUCUCAGCCAGAUGGGCAGGGUAUAUAUUUUUUUAAAAAAAAUUAUUAUUAAGAGGUUGUGCUAAACUAUUGAACAAGAACAAUAAUGAGUGUGGUAGAGAAAGCCAUACCUAUUGAUAGCAUAAGAGAGAGAGAACACAAAAAAAUCCCCAAUCCAUAUGGGCACUUUAAAAAUUAUAUUUGUGCUCAGCACAGAAUCACUCCAAAAGCACAUUGUGCUCCCACCCUGUUCUCAAAGUUCUGUUCUAGGUGUGCCAGAGCAAGGGUGUCCUUGUCUUUCCAGUCAAGUCCAAGGGCAAGAGAAGCCCAUAAACAACCCUUAUGGGAAAGUAUUCCAUGUAAGUUUGUGGGGGGGGGGAGGGGGUCAUAGCUUAUAGGUAUAGACCACCUGCAUUGCAUGCAAAGGUCCCAAGUCCUGGCAUCUCCAAGUUGGGCUGGGAAUGCCCCUAUCCGAAAUCCUGGGUGGCGGCUGCCAAUCAGAGUAGACAGUACUGCAUUGGAUGAACCGGCGACAGAAGGCAGCUUUUGCAUGUUCUCAUGCGUGCGCAUGUCCCGCUGUUCUGCAGACCCGUUCCCGCAGCGGGAGCGCCCUCCUGCACUCCCAGUCCAGCACCGAGGACCCCAAGGAGGAGCCGCUGGAGAUCAAGCAGGACGCCGACGACCCUUCUUCUUCUUCCCAGGGCUCUGCCUCCAAGGGCCCCUCCGAGGACGCGCUGGAGAGCAAAGCGAAGCGGGACGAAGAGGAACGGGAGCGGGAGCGGCGGGAGAAGGAGCGGGAGCGGGAGAAGGAGAAGGAGAAAGAGAAGGAGCGGGAACGGGAGAAGGAGAAGGAGAAAGAGAGGGAGCGGCAGAAGCAGAAGGAGUCCGAGAAGGAGAGGGAGUCCAGUAAAGACAAGGACAAGGGGAAGCACGACGACGGCAGGAAGAAGGAAGCCGAGUUGGUCAAGCAGCUGAAGGCGGAUCUAAAGUAAGAUGGGCGCAGUUUGCUCUUUGAUGGUUGGGUCCUUUUGGCAGUUGCCAAGUAUUGUUGGUGUACAGUUGUACCUUCCAGAAUCCGUUCUGGAAGUCCGUUCAACUUCCAGAACGUUCAGAAACCAAAGCGCGGUUUCGGAUUGGCUGCAGGAAACUACUGCAGCCAAUCGGAAGCCGCGUCGGACGCUCGGGUUCCAAAAAAUGUUUGGAAACCAAAGCACUCAUUUCCAGGUUUCAGUCGUUCGGGAGCUGAUUUGUUCAGGAGCCAAGGCAUAUGAGAUCCAAGGUACAACUGUUCGGUUCUGUUGGUGUGGCUGUUUCCUGCGUCCUACAUAUCUGGAUCUCAACAGGUGGCAGCAAGGCUCUGAAUUGUGGUGCGGCUGUUGUGCCUAGCUAGCCUGUUCCAAAUUUCACGCACUUACAUAACGAGGCUACAGUCUUAACCCCGCUUGCUUGGGAGCGAGCCCCAUUUAAGUCAGUAGGAUGCGCUCCUGAGUAGGCAUGGUUAAGUUUCUGCUGGUAGUAAGCCAGAUGAUGUUCAUGGAUUUGCUAGGAGCCCUCUGGGGCUGUUUCUCAGCUGUCAGCACUAGUCUUUGGGCAGUGUGGAUGUGUGCAGCACAUGAGGCCAAGUGAGCUUUCUUACCCAGUUCAAGGACAAGAACCAUCACAUACACAGUGAUUGUCUCCCUCUUAGGAUUCACAAAAAGGUAUCCCCCAUUGCUUAAUGUGCCGGCCUGGGUGGUUGGAAUCUCUUCUCUGGGCCAUUGGGCUUCUCAUUGCUUGCAACUCUCAGUGACUGAGAAACAGUUCUUGCACACUCCCUCCUGAGCAUCCAGUUCUAUUUUAUUUUAUUUGACAAAGUAAUAAUCAUAAAUAAAUAAGAAUAAAAAUGUGCACCCCACCACCGAGACUAUUCCAUUGUAACUAAUCCAACCUCCCAAAAUUCCAACACCUCUUGCGAUGGUUUGAUCUCUUUCCAUUUUAACAGUACAAAUUCGACAAACAUCCUCCAUAUCUCCACAAAAUCAUUUUUCUUGCAUAUUCCCCAUCUUACCUUAAUGGCACAUGUUAAUUUAUCAUUAAUAGCUAUAUCGCACACCUCUUUAUACCAUUCUUACAUUUUAUAUUCUGCUUGCCCCUUCCACUUCCUAGCUAACAUAAUUCGUGCAGCUGUCAAUAAAUUUGUGAGCAAGUUAGCCUGUGAUCCUUCCACCCCGUCGUAAAUUGAUAGUAACGCUACCUCUGGACUUUCGGUCAGCUUUAACCCAGCGAUUUCUGUUAUCUCCUUAAACACCUUUUGCCAGAAAAAUUGUGAGCAUCCAGUUCUGACCAUAGAUCGCCCAGCUCAAGUACUGAAUUGUUCUAGUUCAAAGAUACAGAAUACAUUUGGAUUGAAGUUUCCCUAUUUUGCACCCAGUACAUGCCUACUCAGAGUCCCACAAUGAGAUGGCAGGAAGCAGUUCUUGAUUUGAAGUAGACCAUAUCAUAUGCUGUUCGGCCUUAGCCGCAUUCUCACUUUCCUUUUUCAAUAUAUUCAGGAAGGCUCAAGAAAGCCAGAAGGAAAUGAAAUUGCUUUUGGAUAUGUACCGCUCAGCCCCAAAGGAGCAGAGAGACAAAGUCCAACUGAUGGCUGCAGAGAAGAAGGCCAAAGCUGAGGUAAUUGUGCCUGCCAUUGCCCAAUUUAUUUAUUUUAUUUUACCUUUUAUCACCUUUUAUCUGAAUACCUCAGGGCAGCAGUUCACAGCAUCAAAAAUACAAAACAAAAACACAAAGUGCAUAAUAAAAGGAAGUCUUUAUAGAAUUGUGGAGUUGAAGGGACCAAAAGGGUAAUCUAGAUCCUCGAUAUGUGGCCCCCUGGACAAGAAUGAAACAAACCCCUCACUGCCCCCUCCAACAAACACAGUUAAAAGGACAUAGAAUGUCAACCAGCCCAUGGCCUGUCGGAAGAGGAAUGUUUUUGCCUGGCACCUAAAGACAUACCAUGAAAGCACCAGGCAAACUUCCCCGGGGAGAUUUCCACAAACAUGGAGCCACAAGCUGAAGAAAAGGCCCCUUCUUGUGUUGCCAUCCUCCGAACCUCUCGUGGAGGGGUCACACGAAGAAGGGCCUCAGAUUAUGAUUUCAGGGUCCCAAGUAGGUCCAUAUGGAAAGAGGCAGUCCUUGAGGUAUUGUGGUCCUGAGCCUUUGAAGGUUUUGUGGGUCAAAACCACCGCUUUGAAUUGGGCCUGGAAACUAAUGGACAGCCAGUGCAGUUGGGCCAGGAUCGGUAUAAUAUGCUCAAACCGUCUGGCUCCGGUGAGCAACCUGGCUGCUGAAUUCUGCACUAGUUGAAGUUCCAAGAGGUCUUCAGAGUUAGCCCUAAUUGCAAUAAUUUAACCUAGAGGUUACCAGAGCAUAGAUGACAGUAAGGCUAUCCCUGUCCAGAUAGGGGCAUAGCUGGGUCACCAGCCAAAGGCACCCCACGCCACUGAGGCCACCUGAACCUCAAGCAACAGCAAAGGACCCAGGAGGACCCCCAAGCCACAUACCUGCUCCUUCGGAGGGAGUGUAACCCUAUCAAGAGCAGGCAACCUCCCACCCACCCAAUCAAUGUUUAUAUCCUGUUCUCCUGUUCCUCAUGGGGCUUCUUAGGCUCUCAGUGCAUCCUAAAGCAACAUAGUAACUUGGGCAUAGCACUUGGACAUUUCCUCCGUAGACUCUUGAAGGCAGGGCUGGGGAAGCAGUGACCUCCAGAUAUUUCAGCUUCCACCACCAGUGGCCAUGUUGACUGGAGCUGAUGGGAGUCGCAGUCCAACGGCAUCUAUUUGGACAGCCACAAAUCCCCCCUGCUUGAGGUCCAUUGCUGCAAAGUCCCCCCCACUUUUUGCAAAACGCAAAGGGUUCUGUGGAGGGUGGCUCUCUGCCUUAAAGAUGCAUUGCGGACCUGGGGAAAACUUGAUUCCUCACCAAAGUUUAAUUCAUUGAAAACCGCAUGUAUUUCAGACGAAUUUCCUCUGGGAGGUGACGGCCAAAGGUUGGUAGUAGCUUUUUGUGGCCUUUUUAAAAAUCCCUUUCGUGGUUAUUAUUUUUUCCAACAAAACAACACCACCACAAACUGGCUUAUAAGUACAGUAUAAAACCAAAUUUACUAGAAUAAUAGCUAGAAUAGAGAUAGACUUGUAACCAUUCAAACAACAAACAUACUAAGAUGCCAUGUGCAAGGCAAAGCCUGGAAAAUACUGUAAACAUGGAGUGGAUAAAUAUACAACUGUAUCUUAACAAGUUACAUGUGCAGUAAAUGUUAUACAGACUGGAUAAAUGGUUUUGUUGUUUGAAUUAUUACAAGUCUAUCUCUAUUCUAGCUAUUAUUCUAGUAAAUUUGGUUUUAUACUUAUAAGCCAGUUUGUGGUGGUGUUGUUUUGUUGUAUUGUUAUUACUGUCACCACAUUUGAUACUUUGUGUAUAUACUUAUUAUUUUUUCAACCCAACCUCCUUUCCCUGACCUACUUCCUGCCAGUUGGAGGAGCUGAGGCAGAGGGUGAAGGAACUGGAGGACAAGGAGAAGAAAGAGAGCAAAAAAAUGGCAGACGAGGACGCGCUUCGGAAGAUCCGGGCUGUGGAGGAACAGAUAGAAUACCUGCAGAAGAAACUCGCCAUGGCUAAGCAGGUGAGGAGCGUUAGAGAGAAAGUUUCUGUAUAAAAAUAGGAAGAGAUAAAAACAACGAGUUUUUACUUUUCCAAAAGGCCUUUCAAAAUAAAAUAGUGAAUAUAGUCUUCUAUCCUUGCGGUAAAUCUGCAGUACAAAAAACCAAAAAAGAGCCCUUGCCCAUCUUUAUAAAUCUGUGUUCACACAAUACAUUGUCCUUUGGUUGUACAUGGCGAGUUUAUACGUUAUCGCCAUCUGCCAGAUUCUACAAAACCAUUUUGGUUUUUUUUAGAAAAACCUAAUAUGUUGAAAUCAAUCUUUUAGCUGCAGUCAGGAGUUUAGUUACCACUUCUACAUCUGUACUCUCUACUCACUCUUCUAGAUAAUUUAUUGGAUUUUUUUUUUGGGGGGGGAUUCCAACUAUGUGAUUUGUUUUUAUAUAGUCCAAAGUAUGAUGGCAGUAAAAAAAUUUUUUAUCUUGUUACGUUUCCUGAAAAUAUGAAUAUAAAAUGUGUGCGAUAUACCACAUCUCCCACAGUAAGCAUGAGCUAGACUAUACAUGUUUCAGUUUAUGAGGGGUCAAAGACAAUUGGUGUCAGGUUUUGUGGUAAUGAUCUCUUAGAUUUAUUGCUUACUAAUAUUUUCCCCUGUUUUAUUGCCAGUCCAGCCCCAAACUCUGUCCUGUGUAUUAAUCUCCAGAUCUUUCUCCCAUUUUUUUUUUAAAAAAAUGCUUGUUUUCUUCCUUUCUUGUAAAUUUCAAAGAGGAACUCAUAAAUACAGUGGUACCUCGGGUUACAUACGCUUCAGGUUACAGACUCCGCCAACCCAGAAAUAGUAUCUUGGGUUAAGAACUUUGCUUCAGGAUGAGAACAGAAAUUGCGCGGUGGCAGCGCGAGACCCCAUUAGCUAAAGUGGUGCUUCAGGUUAAGAACUGUUUCAGGUUAAGAACGGACUCCAGACCUUCUUAACCCGAGGUACCACUGUCUGUCUGUGGCCAUGCUUGCUGGGGCUAGUGGGAGUUCAGGAGCACCCCCACCCCUGGUAGAAAGGGAAGGGUUGAAAGUGCAGCCUCGUUCCCCAUUGGUUGCUCUGCCGUUCUUCCAGGAAGAGGAGGCGCUGCUCUCCGAAAUGGACGUGACGGGCCAAGCCUUUGAGGACAUGCAGGAACAGAACAUCCGCCUGAUGCAGCAGCUCAGAGAGAAGGACGACGCCAACUUCAAGCUCAUGUCAGAGCGCAUCAAAUCCAACCAGAUCCACAAGCUGCUGAAAGAAGAGAAGGAGGAGCUGGCAGACCAGGUGCUCACCUUGAAGACACAGGUGAGUGGGGAAAGGGGAGUUGGACAGGAGGAGCAAAGGACUCAGUGCUUGGGGUUCAGAAUUCAGUUUCCUGAAUACUUCACCUGUCGCCUUCAAGAAAAAGCAAGGUUUUCUUUUAGGGUUCCCCCCCCCAUAUUUUUCAAAUUUAUACAUUUCAUUAGUUUUACAAUCAAUUUAACAUUUCCAAAUCUUGACUUCCUUCCCCCUCUUUCUGUGGUUCCUUAGAUUUGUUUUUUAAUAUCUUCUGCAUAUCCAUUCUGCUCAUUUAUUUAUCUUCUGUAAAUAUAUACUGUUAUAAAACUGCAGGUUAUUAUUAUAUUAUUCCUGCUAAUGUAUUUUAUCAGUUUAUAAUUUAUUUGUAAAUAUUCAAUAAACCAUUUCCAUUCUUUUAUAAAAAAAAGUUUGUUGAUUUCUAAUUCUUUCGGUAAGUUUCGCCAUUUCAGCAUAUUCCAUGAGUUUUUGUAUCCAUUCUUCCUUUUCUGGGACUUCUGCUUCUUUCCACUUUAGGGCAGGUAACAUUAUUGAUGGCUGUGAUGAGCAGAAUAGAUAGCUCAGUUGGUUAGAGUGCAGUGCUGAUGUGCCGAGGUUGCAGGUUCGAUCCCUGUAUGGUACAGCUGCAUAUUCCUGCAAUGCAGGGGGGUCAGAGUAGAUGAUCCUCAGGGCCCCGUCCAACUCUGCAAUUCUGUGAUUCUAUGUUCUUGCCUCUUGAAGGUGGAUGCCCAGUUGCAAGUUGUACGCAAGCUAGAGGAGAAAGAGCAUCUCCUGCAGAGCAACAUUGGCACAGGAGAAAAGGAGCUGGGCUUGCGAACCCAGGCCCUGGAAAUGAACAAGCGAAAGGUAAGCUCGAAAAGACUGCCUGCCCCUGUGUAGACCUGUAAGACUACUGGGGGGGGGGGGGUUUGGGGCCCCACAACCUGGGGAAUAUCAUAGGGCAGUGACUCAAAACCAGGCAUUAUCCAUCAUUGCCCUUGCAUUGUGGAAUGCCCUUCCUCUGCCAUAUGGGAAGCCUUAUCCAAGAAGGUGUGUUUUCAUAGGUGUCGUGUGAAGACACAUCUUUUUGCCCAGGCAUUCUCUGACCCAUAAGAUUGGACCCUGUUAUUAUGGCAUUUCUGCAUUUGUAGUAGCUGUUUUUAGUGGCUCUUAUAUUGUAUCUCUGUUUUUAUGGUACAGUGGUACCUCAGGUUACAUACGCUUCAGGUUACAGACUCCGCUAACCCAGAAAUGGUGCUUCAGGUUAAGAACUUUGCUUCAGGAUGAGAACAGAAAUCGUGCUCCGGCGGCGUGGCAGCAGCAGGAGGCUCCAUUAGCUAAAGUGGUGCUUCAGGUUAAGAACAGUUUCAGGUUAAGUACGGACCUCCGGAAUGAAUUAAGUACUUAAUCUGAGGUACCACUGUACUGUUGUGUUUUCGUAUGCCACUUAGAUAUUUAAAAUGUUGAGUGGUCUAAAAAUGCUUUUAAAUUAAUUAAUGGAAACAAAUAGGUAUAAGUUGCUUACCAUGUCAGUAUGAUGGUUAUUGCACCAAAACCCAUCAGAGUUGUUCAUGAAGCUCAAUUAGUGUUCUUGGACCAGUCCCCCACCACCCGCAGGGCUGUUUGCGAUGUUAAAUGCAGGUGGGCUCAUAUAGUGCCUUGUGCUACUUUGGAGGAAAGGCAGAAUAUCGAUGUAAGGAAUACAAGUAAAUUGAAAAGCAGCAUUAUUUAUUAGAAGGUGUAUCUCGCCCUUUACAUUUAAGAAAGCUAGCGAUAAAGUAAGACAAAGCAGGAACCCAUGGCUGCAAAAGAACAUAAUAAAAACACCAAUAGGCAGAAGGAAACCAAUAAAGCAAACUGCAAGCUGAGCAGAGGAGCAGCUAUUCUCAAAGCCAGAUGAAACGCUGUGAAAAGCCCGAGGGGGCCAAGGGCUCAGUUUGCCUGGCGCCUGGAAGGUAGUUACGAAGACACGCCGACCGGCUUCUUUCUCUCUGAGCUGCAGCGGCUGUGUGAGUCCUUUGAACGCUUGCCCCAUCAUUAAUGCGAAGGGACGGUUAUUUUAUUUGAUCUCCCUCCAGGGGGAAGCUGCUGAGAAAUCCCAAAUAAUGCCGUAAUUAGGAUACAAAAACAGAUUAUACAUACCCCUCUGGAGUUGGUUGUUUCCCCCCAAAAAACCCACACACCACACCAAACCAGUGGCCACAGAAAGAUUUGAUGAAGACCAAAAGGGGCAGCGGAUGAAAGGAAGAGUGGAACUUCAAAGGGAUAACGAGCAGGGCAGCCAGAUGAAAAUAAUUAGCUGGGCAGAGGUUUCCGGGAGGGAUAAGUGACGAGAGAGUAACAGGGAAGCAGAGCAAGCAGUGGGGUCAGAGGUCAGGAGGAGAGGAGGGGGUUGAUGAUGAUGGUGAUGAGAAUCUCUUGGAAGGGUUCCCCCUGAAGAAAUGGCACUGGUGGGAAUGGGCACUGCUGCACUAGCCAAACAACAACAAAAAGAGGCAUGCAGUUUGGUUUCUGGCUACUCCAUCACCUGCCCUUGGUUGGUGUAUGUGGGCACAGUCUGGAGAUGAGAAUGAUCCUACUGGGACACACCUCCCUGCCUGUUGGCCAUGCUGGAGAGGUUGGUGGCAUUUGGUCCUGUGAUAUCUGGAGGACCUUGGGCCUUCUGUUAAUCCAGCCAGGUUAUUCUUAGCUCCUUAUCUGUGGCUAUUUCUGUGCCGCACAUUAGUGCAGCCGGAAUAAUAACCUCGAUUUUACCCUCCAGGAUCCACCCCCCUCAUUUUGACUCUAAAUCUUCUCUUUGAAGAUUUUGCCAAAGCAAAGCCUGAAAGCUUUGCUGCCUUUGAGUAGGGAGCUGUGAGCAAAAAGGUCUGCAGAUGCCUUUUAAAAGUGGGAAGUGCAACAAUAGGUUGACACUCUGGGCUGCUUUUGUCCAUCUCUGCAAGGUCAGCAGCUGGCCAGAAAGAGAGAGAGGAUCUUUCAUUGUUUUGCUCUUCAGGCUAUGGAUGCGGCCCAGCUAGCUGAUGACCUUCGGGCACAGCUGGAGCUGGCACAGAAGAAGCUGCACGACUUCCAGGAUGAGAUUGUGGAGAACAGUGUGACCAAGGAGAAAGACAUGUUCAACUUCAAGCGAGCCCAGGUACCGGCAGGCGGCUUUGGCUACCUUGGGCCAAAUCUGCCUUUGCUUCCAUUCAUAUUAACUCAAAGUUCCUGCCUCUUGCCCUCUGCCAGUGCUUUGGUUUCCACCUUCUCUGAAUGGUUGCCCUCCAUCGCCAUGGCUCAACUUCAGCUGUUUUCACUCACUGUUUUUCUCCCUGGUCGCUGCUGGUUGUGAAUCCCUACUUAAGAAGAAUCCCUACGUAGGAAGUUGCCACGUGUUGACUCAGACACUCGGUCUGCUCAGCAGAAUGUUGUCCACACAUACUGAUGGCAACUGCCUGGGAUUCAGGCAGGGCACAUGCCCAUUCCUGCCAGGAGAUGCCAGGGAUCAAAAUGGGGACCUUUGCAUUUGAAACAUGUGCUAUAGUGAGCACUGAAGACUCUUGUCUUUGUCCAGCAAUAUCAUCCCAACUGGCCAGUCAAAUGCUCUAGGAAGCACAUUUGACAUCUCUCACUUCCUGAAGCCAGAGCUUCAUGGUCACAUUGCUCUGCCUCAUCCAAAUUAUCUAAGCUAAUCAUGUAUCAUACCAGUAUGUUUUGAAUGUGUGUGAUGCAUCCUCCCUUGUGAAGAAGCCCCCCGCCCGGCUUUUAAAGGAAAAUGGGCAGAGCUUGCAAAUUUACACCUGGGAGCCUUUUGCAGCUCUUAGGAGAGAAGGUGCUGGUCCUAAUGACAUGUAUUUGGCUAAUGUUCCCCUGCAGGAAGACAUUUCAAGGCUGCGGAGGAAACUGGAGACCACCAAGAAACCUGACAUGGUUCCCAACUGCGACGAGAUUCUUAUGGAGGAGAUCAAAGAUUACAAGGUAGGCAACGGGAUGCCAAUGUCCCCCUUGGAGGAUGGAUUUGGGCUGAGCCAGAUUAACAUUGGAAGUAGACCCCAGUUAGCAGUGCCCAAGGGACUGGCAGCAGUUCUGACCUAAUCGCACGAGAGAACCCUCUGACACUUUGGGGCAAUCAGAGGUCAGGGACUGGUGGCCUUCCAGAUGUGACCCCGCCCCUCAUCUCCCAUCAGACCCAGGGACAAUGUUGCAGUCCUAGCAACAUCUGGAGAGCCACAGACUCCCCACCCUGUUGUAAACAAUAUGGUCCCGGCGGCCGCUCCCAGUCACCAGUCUAGCUGCCGCAUUCUGGAUUACUUGUAGUUUCCGGGUCACCUUCAAAGGUAGAGCGUAUUGCAGUAGUCCAAGUGGGAGAUAACCAGGGCAUGUACCACUCUGGUGAGAUAAUGCACAGGCAGGUAGGGUCUCAGCCAGUGUACCAGGUGGAGCUGGUAGACAGUGUGAGUCUCCACAGAGAGCUGCGAGUCCAAAAAUGAUUCCCAGGCUGCGUACCUGGUCCUUUAGGGACACAGUUACUCCACUCAGGACCAGGGAAGCUUCUUAAUGUUUAAUUAUGUUUUUAUAUAUGUCGGAAGCUGCCCAGAGUGGCUGUGGAAACCCAGUCAGAUGGGUGGCGUACAAAGGAAUUAUUAUUAUUAUUAUUAUUAUUAUUAGCCUCUGCAUCAGCCAGGUGUACCUUAAACAAUGCCUCUUUCUUUCCCAAGGGCCGCCUGACCUGCCCCUGCUGCAACAUGCGCAAGAAGGAUGCUGUACUCACCAAGUGCUUCCACGUCUUCUGCUUUGAGUGCGUGAAAACGCGCUACGACACCCGGCAGCGCAAGUGCCCCAAGUGCAAUGCUGCCUUCGGGGCCAACGACUUCCAUCGCAUCUACAUUGGCUGA